AAAUGGAAGCAGCUGAACUAAGAUGAGCGUAAAACCAGACAGAAACUGGACAAAACUCAAAAUUCUACAUCGACGUUGGUUUAUUGCAGUAGUUAAUGAACUAUUUUAAAACUAAAAUCAUCAAUGAGGUGCGGAGUGAGGCGAAAACUGAGAACUGGAAGCGAAGGACGCUUUGAAACGAGCUGCUUCUGCUGUAAAUAAUAAAUAUUUUUAUUUUCGUUACAUUUUUUCUCUUAGAUUUCUUUUUGACAUUUUCCAACAAGCCUCGGUAAAAUGCGUAGAGGAGUCGGCGCGGGGGCUAUCGCCAAAAAGAAGCUGGCAGAGGCCAAAUAUAAAGAGCGAGGAAAUGUCCUGGCAGAGGAUCAAAUCGUCCAGAUGUCGAAGCAGCUGGAAACCUUCAAGUCCCACCUGGAGGAGUUCGCCAGCAAGCACAAGCAAGAGAUCCGUAAAAACCCUCAGUUCAGAGUUCAGUUUCAGGAAAUGUGUGCCACCAUCGGCGUCGACCCGCUGGCCUCUGGAAAGGGGUUUUGGUCGGAGAUGCUGGGAGUUGGUGAUUUCUACUACGAGCUCGGAGUGCAGAUCAUCGAAGUUUGUCUCGCUCUGAAACACAGAAAUGGAGGUCUCAUCACGCUGGAUGAACUCCAUCAGAGGGUGCUGAAGGGACGCGGAAAGUACGCCCAGGAAGUGAGCCAGGACGACCUGGUCAGAGCCAUCAAGAAGCUGAAGGUGAUGGGGAACGGCUUCGGGAUGAUCCCCGUCGGCGGGUCCUACCUGGUGCAGUCGGUCCCGGCGGAGCUCAACAUGGAUCACACCGUGGUGCUGCAGCUGGCCGAGAAGAAAGGCUUCGUCACGGUGACGGAGAUCAAGGAGAGUCUGAAGUGGGAGAAGGAGCGAGCCUGUCACGUCCUGGAUCACCUGCUGAAGGAGGGCCUGGCCUGGCUGGACUCCCAGGCGGCGGCGGAGCCUCAGUACUGGCUGCCGGCGCUGUUCUCCGAGCUGACGUCCCGCGACGUCACGCCCGAGGAGGCCAAUCAGAUGACGCCGUGAGAGCGUCCUGGACUGCAGGAGGCGUUCCGGUCCUCCAGCGGCGCCUCAACUGCGAGGCAAACUGUCGGCUCCACGUUCACAAAACAAACCUUUCAGUCUACAAACUCUCUCUUUCAAAAUAAAAGUCUUCUCACAUGGA